AUGCUUGAGAUGUCAUACCCUUCUUUCCUUCUUCUCAACCUCCCCGCUCCCUCCGCACUCGCCUGCAUCUUAGCUCUUGAACACUGUCGUCCGCAGACCUCCGUCGGCUUGUCCAGCAACCGCCCUCACUUUGCUGUUCUAGAAUACCAUCCGGCUACCCUCCUUGGGGCUUUCAAAUCCCCUGGGUUGCGGCAGAAACCGCGAACUGCGCAUCACCCACCAUUGGAAACCUCUCCGUUGAGAUGGAUUCAUUCGACGACCAUACGUCUCCGGGACGACCACGAGACGGAGAUUCGUAUCUCGGACGAGCGUCCGGAGAAUUUCGACGCCGAUCUCCUUCCCCCCCAAGAUCGUCGCCGUCGCCAUGGCCGCUCACGGUCCCCUACCAGGAUCGAUCGGUAUGAACCUUCAGAUCGUCGCCCAAGAGACAGCUAUGGUCCUCGUGAUGGUCGCCCCCGAGAACGCCGACGUUCGCCCUUCUCAUCCAGGGACACAUACACCCCCUCGACUCGCAACCGCUCACCGCCGGUCGUAUACCCCGAUCCGCUUUCCGUCGAAUUCGAGUUAGAACUCAAAGAAUAUCGCCUCUGGUGGCGACAGGAUCGAGACGCAAACCGAACCACCAAUGGCAUCAAAGGGGAGCGCGAGGCCUUGGAGGACAGAGAGAAGGAAGAGGCUGAACUUGAGAAGGAUUAUAAGGAUUAUCUCAUCAAGUUCACUCGAACUUUUGUUCGGAAGCAUCGGGAUGAUGAGUGCCGCCUCCUCGCUUUCCGAAAGGGAGGCUUUGAGCAAUGGGAGCGUGAUUUGAACGAAGGCGUAUUCGAUGAGUUUUCUCUGGAAGGAAUUCACAAGAGCGAGCAUGACGGUGCCGGCGGUGUCAUUGAGAAGGAGGAGGGCGAAACUACUACUGCUGGAGAAACCCAGGGUGGCCAGGAUUUAGUUCCAGCUCGUGGAGCGGAUCUGCGCGACGAAACCCUUUCCCAACCAACCCUGCUCAUAAAGACAUUGGCUCCAAAUAUCAGUCGCGAUAAGAUCGAGGAAUUCUGCAAGGAGCACCUUGGUGAGGGCGAUGGUGGCUUUAAAUGGCUCAGUCUUGCCGAUCCUAGGCCGAAGAAGAAAUUCCACCGCAUGGGAUGGAUCAUGCUACACCCCGCGGCAGAUGCAAUGAAUGUUGUAGAGCGUGGAGAUGGUCGUGAUGAAGAUGCGGAAUUUGGAAUUGACCAGGACCACAUUGGCAAUGGCAGCGCCGUCAACAACACCGCCGAGAAAGCUCUCGAAGCUGUGAAUGAGAAGAAGAUCCAUGAUCCGGUGCAUGGCGACUUCACCUGCCACAUGGGAGUUCAUAAUCCACCUCCCCUGUCCAAGAAAACACUAUGGGACUUGUACUCUGCCCCGAAAAGAAUCGAAGCCGACCUGAGUCUUGCACAGCAAUUGAUUGAAAAAUUAGAUCAGGAAUUGACUGAAGUGUUAGGCUAUGAUGCCAGUGCAGCCGUCAAGAUCGAAGAGCGCGUUGAAGAUCUUAAAAGAAAGGGCUGGCUGCAGCCUCCCGUUACUGGCCCCGUUAGCAUCAAGCAGGAUAAUGGAUUUGACGAAGAUGCCGAGGACGGGGAGUUGGAAGAGGGUGAAGAGAAGGAAGCGCACCAGACCAAUGAUGUCGAUGAUAUGGAGCUUCUGGUAAAAAAGAAGAACUUGGACUUGAUGGUAGAGUACCUGCGACGAGUCCACAAUUUCUGCCUUUACUGUGUGUAUGAGAGUGACUCGGUCCAUGGACUUACCCAAAAGUGCCAAGGUCACCUUCGUCGACCACGCAGCACUCUUUCUAAGCGGGCCGAGGAUGUCGCCGAUGCUAGCGUCAAUGGUGCAGACUUCCCCGCCGAGGACGAGGAGCCGCAGGAGGAUGGAGAGUCAUCGCCGCAAGAAAGACGCAACCAACGACCCGUUUCGAAGAAUGAGAAGCAAUUGCAAACUGCUUUCAAGCAUGUGAAGAGGUUCGAAGAUAGACUGGCUCUGAUUUUGGACCCGCAAUCUGUCGACUUGCGCAAAUUCAACUGCAUGGAUGACGAAGAGGCCACUGUUGACGAACUAUUGGCCAACCACGUUUUGAAGCGCACCGUGAACACCGACGAAGGAAAGCAACUCCGUUUCGACUGCAAAUUGCCAAACUGUUCGAAGAAAUUCGCGGCUGAGCGCUUCUGGCUCAAUCACACCACCGGGCGUGGAGCUGAAGGCCAACCACCCAAGAACCCGGGUCACCAAGCAUUCCGGGCGAAUAUCACGAGCGAGAUGGCACUUGUAAAGAGAUUCGCUACAGACCCAUCGCGACUCUCGAUACCCCAUCCUGACCCUAAGAAGAAUGAAGACAACCCGUUCGGCCCAGGCGGGUCGUCACACGGACAUGGCAUGUCAAUGGCAUAUACAUACAACCCAGACGUGCCCGGCGGAUUCGCAGUUCGAGGUACUGGCAUGCCCAUGAUGUCUAGAAACGGAGGCCCAUGGGGCAAUGGAAUGGUUUCCGGCGACGGCUCCGGUCUCCAUCAUCCUGGUGCCAUGCGCCGCGGAGGAAAUAUCCGCCACAACCCUCGACCUGGACCGUACGACCGCCGGCGGCCCAACGGUAACGGUCGACUCAGCCCUGUCCGCGUGUCUAACAUGUACGGUGCGGGCCGUUACCCUCCCUCGGGUCAUCCUGCCGCCGGAAUGGUCGGGCACAAUCCGUUCCCCGAUGCGAUGGGUGCAGGUGGUGGGCAGCAGCCCAUGCCGCCGCGUGAAGCGGUCCAGGGGCGGAGUCUCAAGAGCUAUGAGGACCUCGAUGCGGUGGGUGGGUCCGGUAGUGGAGAGCUGAACUAUUAG